UAAAUAGCAAAAAAAAAAAAAAUCCCCACUUUAUUGCCCAGCUUUUGUGCUGCUGUUUUGGGGUAGAUUUGAGCUUGGUUUCUCAUAUUUUUGCACUUUGUUUUGUCUUGUAAAUCUGCCUUGUAAAACACCAAAUGUAGGGUCUUUUUGGAGCUAUUUUAAAAGGUAGAGGUGAUCGAGAUGUGUAGGGAGAAGUUGUUUCUUUAGUUAAGAAACUUGAUAUUGGAAUUAGAAAUUAAUCUAGUUAAAUGGCGUAUUCUGUAAUCUUGUUUGUUCUUUGAUGUGGCUUAGGUUCUAAAUCACCUCAAGCACCUUUACUUAUUGAAUUCUUUAUUUGUCGUAUACCUACAAGGCGAGAUAAGUAAAAGUAUGGUAAUGCCUUUGAAUUUGGGGUAAAGGUCUUUGAAAGCAUAUUUUUGAUGGUUUUUGAAAUGGUAGCAUGACUAAACCCGUUUUACACAAGCACGAGUAUGAUUGGUUUGAAAUAAAAUUAUUAUCAUUUUCAUUGAGUUGAGCAUGCCUACUUGGAGUUUACUUGACUGCGCUGAUGAUCUGGAAAUUAUUUGUAAAUUAUGGUUUUCCUAUUAAAUCCUACCUGGUUUUGUCUCCAAUAUGGUCAUGUUUUACUGUGCUUGCUAAUGGGAGGUUUAUAAAUGCUAGCACAUGUUGACAUGUUACUUAUGGAACCAGUUCAUUUUUGUUAUACCUGCUAUCCUACUAGUGGGAUUAUACACUAGUAAAUCUUGUACUUGCCAGUGGGAGGUUUAUAAACGCUGGCCAUGACCUAUAGAGGAGAUGUCUGUUUCAUUUACGUACUUAUACCCGUUUUUUUUUAUGCUUGAUUACAUUUGUUGGCAUGUUAUAAAUUUUAAUUAAGGUUUAUCCAUAUUUUUACUUGCUGAGUUAUCUCACAUAGUUUUCCUUGUCCACCAUUUCAAGUGGUGUGAUCGAAACGUGGGAAACCAAGGGGAGUGCUGAGCUAGAAGGCUAGCCAUUGUAUUUUUGACAUAGAUUUUGAGUUGUAGAUUAUUCUUUGUAAGUUAGAUUUUAUUUUAAAAUAUUGAUCUAAGUUUACGUGAAUUGUUAGUAAUGAAUUUAGCAAGUUCCAAGCCUUGUACAUUUAUGGGAUUCUCUCACAAGUGUAUAAUGUCUAUUUUGACUCUGGAUUUAGUUUCUAGGGCGUGAUAGGGAUUCGGAUGAUGGUAUUGUCCUUAAAUAAAAAAAAAAAAAAUUAGGUUGGAAGGCUUUAAGUGCACUUUGUCAUGUCCACCACCAUGUGUUUGUUAAAUUGUGUAUGUAAGGUGGAGCUGAAUAUUUUUGUUUAUUAGUAUACUUAUUUUCUUAUUUGUCUUUGUGUAGGUCUUUUGGGAAAUUUUUCGGGUUGAGAUAUUUUUGGGUAGAGGAGAAGAGUUACACUCUUAACUUUAAUAUAAGGGAUUAAAUACUUUGUUAUCUA